AUGGUUCUCAACCGCAUUAAUGGAACUUGGGAAGGGCUUGGAGCUGUCACGACUCUGAUUCACAAGGGAUUUUUCGACCAGGUUCUAGUGAGCUUCGGCUGCGACUUUGAUCGUCUGCCCACCCUGCGGAGGCCAAACCCGCCCACCGCACUAAAUCCCAGGGGCAAGGAUAUAAUCUCCCUGACGGAGGACUUCUUCAGGCGGCAAUUGCUUCCCGGGCCGACGUUCGACAUCCUGGUGGAUCGAUACCGGGCAGCCCUGAACGAGCUGCUGGGCUGGGACCGACUGACGACUUUAUACCCGAUGAUCCAUGCGACUCGCACGAAGCCCAUCUCGCUCUAUGAUCUGUGGCCAGAUUUGAUGAUAAAUGCCACCCAGGGCAGCUUUUCAGGAUCGGAUUCCAACAUGACAACGGGGUUGAGAACCUUCACAGAUGAGUUUUGGAAGCUUCUUCGCCCCAUUCGGAUUCGAAGGCUCCUGCAACAAGCCUGGCUGGAGACGUACAAGGAGCUGGGCGUUCACGAGGAUGACCAGGCCGCCAUGCUGGUCAUGAUAUACUGGGCGUAA